CAAGCAAAGGAAGAGAAGCAGAUACAUUUGAAGCAACAGCAAUUACAGCUUAAGCAGCAAUGGCAGAAAACACAAGUCCAGCUAUCACUAUGACUUGUGAGGUUUGUUCAGAGUAUUACACUGACCCCCUCAUGCUUCCCUGUCUUCACUCAUUCUGUAAGAAGUGUCUAAUAAAAGUUAAAGAGAAGCAAGGUAGUGCUGAUACCUCAUUAAAGUGUCCAACGUGUGACACUAGCGUUAAUUUACCUGAUGGUAAAAUUGAAGGCCUCACUCAAAACCUUUGGUUUGAACAUAAAUCAAGAGAUGCUUCAAUAAAAAAGAAGAUUGUUAGUAAAGAAGCAAUAUCAUGCGAUGAAUGUAGCGUAGAUGAUUCCAGUGAUGCAGCUGUUGUGUAUUGCUGUGAUUGUGGCCAGUUUCUGUGUGAUCUUUGCAAGAAAGUUCAUAAGCGAAGCAAAAAAAAACCAAUCACAAGUUGAUUGAUCUACUAACAAAGGAAUCCAUUGAACUGCC